AUGUAUUCAUCUGUAUCUAAACUUGAUCGAGAUAUUGCACGUUCAUUUUUAAAUUUUCCAUCAUAUCUACCAAUUCCAAUAAGAAAUCAAUCUACAGGUAAACAAGAAAAUUUCUUCGAUGAUAUUUUGCCUCCACCUCAUCCAAAUGCACGACUUGGUUUUCCAACAAAUACAAAUAUUAUUCCAAUGUAUUAUGAUGUAAUUAUUGAUACAGUUACGGAUUAUGAUAUUUUUUAUCCAAUAGCUAAACAAACAAAAAAAUAUGAUUAUAAUUCAACUAAUGAUCAACAAACAAUUUCAGAUGAAAAUUUAAUCUAUCCAUGUUAUCAAGUUCAACGACUUGAUGAACUUGCUGUUUCAAUGGAUUUUCCACAUGAUUAUGAAUCAACAGCAAAUUGGUCUAAUCAAAAAGUUCAAUAUGAACAUAUACAACCAAUAAAAAAUGUUCGAUUUAAUGAUAACCCAACGUGGAUUCCAUAUUCAAAAAAUAAUAUAGAAAAUCCUUCUAUUCCAAUUGAUCAGUAUUAUUUCUAUCCCGAAACAACAUCACAUGUAAACAAUGAACCAUCAUCUGUACGUUAUAUCACUACAUCUUUCUUUUGGUUUCGUCCUGUUCUUGAUCAUAAUUAUGCUAUUUGUAUACCAACUUCACGUCCAAGUCUUCAUGCUUAUAUAACAUCUUCAUUCGAUCCGAAAAUAAAUUCUAUUCCUUAUUCAAUUCGACUUUAA